AUGUCCGCGACCAUGAUCACCAAGUCCUUGAGCUCGACAUACGCGAACCUCCGCACCAAUGCGGAGCGUAUGAAUGAAACCCUACAAUUCUCUUGUCAAUGGGGAAGUACAGAGGACGGAGGGAUGAACCGGCUCUCAGGCAACGACGACGACAAGGAAGUACGUGACUGGUUCAUUGCCGAGACGGCAAAGUAUGGGUGUAGUCACAAGAUCGACGCGAUGGGCAACAUCUUCGCCACUCGACCAGGUCAGAACAAUGGCAUUCCCCCAAUCGGGCUGGGAUCACAUCUCGAUACGCAGCCCACAGGUGGAAAGUAUGACGGGAUUUUGGGGGUUUGCUGUGCCAUCGAGGUUCUCAAGGUGAUUCAUGAACACAACAUCACAACCUACGCUCCAUUGGCAGUGAUCAACUGGACCGACGAGGAAGGGGCGCGCUGGGCCCCUGCCAUGCUGGGCUCUGGCGUCUGGGGAGGAGUGUACAGUACGGAGUAUGCCCACGGGGUGUCCGACCCAGAUGGGAUCACCCUCAAGCAGGAGAUUGAACGUAUCGGGUACGUAGGUGACGUCCCGUGCUCGUAUGAAGCGAAUCCUCUCCUGGCACACUUCGAGGUCCACAUCGAACAAGGACCUAUUCUGGACGAAGCUGAGAAGCCAGUCGGCCUGGUCAAAUCGGUGCAGUCGAUGAGGUGGUACCACCUCAACCUGAAAGGGCGGUCGGCACAUACCGGCAGCACUCCCAUGGACCGACGGAACGACACUCUCCUGGCGGCCGCCAAGAUGAUCGUGGCCGUCAAUGAGGUCGCGACCCAGCCUGAACUCGCCGCGCGCGGAGCCCGAGGGACCAUUGCCGUCAUCAACUCCCUUCCCCAGAGCACCAACACCAUCGCGGGUGACGUGAGCAUGAAUCUGGACCUGAGGUCUCCGGAAGAUGAAGGUGUCGAAGAGCUAGAACGACUGUGCCGGGAGAAGUUCGAGAAGAUCUCCAAGGAGCACGGAGUAGCCCUGGAGAUGGACAGAUUUUGGCAAUCUCCUGCCACCUAUUUCAACGAGGAGAUGAAGAACUGUAUCCGCGCCUCGAUGGGGCAAUAUGAUUGCUCGCACGAGAUUGUCAGCGGAGCAGGACAUGACAGUGUGUAUACGGCGAAGAAGGUUCCUACUGCCAUGAUCUUUGCCCGGUGCAGGAACGGUGUAAGCCAUAAUCCAGCUGAAUACAGUCGGCCAGAAGACUGUGCGGCGAGUGCAGAAGUUAUGCUUGGUGCGUAUUUACAAUACGACGAGAUUAUCAGAAAGAAAUACGAGACGAAAUAGGG